AUGGGAGUUACUGCUGUCCUCGGAGAGUGCGCAAGAAUAUUCACACAUCCCAGAAUGAUAUUCAAGUUGGCACAGAGAGAGCUCAAUGUGGAUAUCAGCACAGACGCGUACAUAGACGAAAAUAGAAAUAUCGAACAAACUAUAAGAGCAGACGAGCGGUUCUACCUAGAGCUGCUAGUAAUUCAAGCAGCAGAUGAAGAACCCAGCACACACAAAAUUGAGAUGUACUUCAUCACUUAUUGCAGAAAAUUAUCACACAACAGAGAGGCCUCUACGGGACCAGAUUGGAGAGACGAUAGACAAUGGAUACCGGGUAUUAACAUGGAUAACGGUUAUUUUCAAAUGCAUGAGUACCAGGCACCGGCGUGGGCACAGCACCUGAAUCACAUACCAUCGCAUAUAGUAAAGCUGACUACUUUGAACACUCCGAUACAUCGCUGGAGCCUUCCCGGGGUACCAGAUCGGUUCCAAGUGUUUAUCAAGCGCGAUGAUCUUUCUGGUGCAGAAUUAUCUGGAAGCAAGGUCCGCAUUCUACAGUUUCUGUUCGCUGAGGCCCUUAGGCAAAACGCUCGCCACGUGGUGACAGGGGGCUGUCUGCAGUCUAAUCACUGCCGCUCAGUAGCUCUCACGUGCCGCCAGUUUGGCUUGACGCCCCACAUUGUGGUGGCAAGGGUGUCAAAGAAAGAAGAACUCGAAGCAAAAGGGAACGCCCUGCUGUAUCGGUUGGCAGGAAGUCAUCUUUAUCUGUCUCCUACGUGCUCGUACGAAUCGUUCUCGCAGAGACUGCGCAGCCUGGCAGGAUAUAUCAGCGAUAAGUACCGGGAGCCAUGCUACUGUAUCCCGCUUGGGGGAUCCUCGCCCCCAGGUAUGUUCGCGUUCAUCACGCUCUUCCAGGAGCUCAUUGAACAGGGACUUUUUGACAACUUUGAUGACAUUGUCGUCUCUAUAGCAACAGGAUGUACAGCAGCGGGCAUUGCUGUCGGGAACUAUCUUACCGGAUCAAAACUGAGAAUCCACGCAGUUUCUAUCGCCCUAAGUAAGGAGGAACUGACCAAACGCAUCGACCUGAUGUUGUCGGACAUAGGGCUUUCCCUGGGUACCAAUGACAUCAUGGAUAUCAUAGAUGGCUACAUCGGACAGGGGUAUGAGACAAUUACAAACGUGAGCGCUAACACGGGAAUACUUCUGGACCCCUAUUACACUGGAAAGGGCACGCAAGGGUUACUCGAGGAACUCAAGAAAAAUCCUACAACAUUUCAAGGGAAAAAAAUCCUAUUUAUACACACCGGUGGUAAAUUCGGGUUGUUCAACGGUGAGAUGGACCAGGUGAUGAACCUUCCGGGUAACCAUGCCAACUACAUCAAUGAGUGGCCAGAGAAAGACAUUCCUCUAGUCCAAUAA